GAAAACUGUCAUAGGUGCAGUAUAUGUGUCAAAAACGAAGAAACGAGUCGUUAGUCGAUUCUCCAGUUUUUUUGAAAUCAAAACAAGCCUUAGUAAUUUUAGAACAUUUUUUUCAAUUAUUUAUUUAUAAUUUUUUUUCUAAAUGUAAAAUGUCGGAGUGUUCGCAAAGUAGAUUUGAAAAAUCUUUAGGAUUAUUAACAACAAAGUUUGUAAACCUUCUACAGAAAUCAGCAGGUGGUAUUUUAGAUCUCAAAGUGGCAGCCGAUAUGCUGGCAGUCAGGCAGAAGAGAAGAAUAUAUGAUAUAACCAAUGUUCUCGAAGGAAUUGGAUUGAUAGAAAAAAAAAAUAAGAAUAGUAUACAAUGGAAACCAUUUACCUACAAAGAUUCAUUGCCAGGUUGUAAUACCCAAGAAUUUGCAUUAAAAGUGACGCACCUUAAAAAAGAACUUUCAAAACUAGAUGAGUAUGAACUAGAAUUAGAUAAGUAUAGGAUAUGGGUUGAACAGAGCAUAAAGAAUAUAACUGAAGAUAUAGAAACAAAAAAAUUAUUAUAUGUUAAUCAUGAUGAUUUCAAAAAUUGCUUCUGCGAAGACCAAACUGUUAUCGUUGUCAACUGUCCUGUGGAAGAAACAAGUGUCAAAUUUCAAAAUAUUAAUGAACAUUACAAUCUCAAAUUAAAAUCCUGCUCAAAUUCAAUGACAACUUAUUUGUUGACUGGGGCUGAUCCUCCUACUCAAAUGAAAAAGAAGGAGACUUCUGUGAAGAAAGAACCUGAUGAGUAUGAAUCUCCUCCCAAAAGAAAAAAGUUUGAAAUAGAAGAUGAAGAUUUAGCUACUGCGGAAAUAAUAUUUAGAAAUAAUAAAAACAGAAAAAGGAAUUAUGAUAUAUUACCAGAAGGAGUUGAACCUUUCUUGAGAUUGAGCCCUUCACCUUUGAACCAAGAUUACAACUUUGGUCUCGAUGUAACGGAAGGAGUUUUAGAUCUUUUCGAUAACAAAGAACAGAGUAAUAUUGAAUCAACAUCCACUUUGACCUCUAACACGUGAUCUACCUGAAUAUAUUUUACCAUAAUUUUUAAGAACAAAAUUUAUAUAAUUAUAUUAAAACUAAUUUCAUUUUGUAUUGCUUUCAAUGAGUUGUUGAUUUGUUAUUGUUUUUUUUCUAUGAAAAAUGGUUGUAUAAAGGAGUAUAUUCUG